UUGAAGGACCCUAAGUACCUUCUGCUAAUGGCCUGUUGCUACGCAGCUAGUAGUGACUAGUUAAGCAAAAUAAUUACGUUACUUUUGGUAAUCGAAUAGAUAAAUCUUUUCGUUAUCAUCUUAUCAUAUUUUUUUCUUCGUGGAUAUUUGAUUAACUAUGGAUAACUAUUAUAUAUUAGGUCGAUAAAUUAAUUCGUUUAUUUCUUGCUGUGAUUUGAAGAUAUGACAAUGAAACGACUAGUGAUAUUCCUGGCUUUAGUUUGCGGAACUUUAGGAGAAUGGGAGAGCGGACUACGUGUGAGGUUCGACGUCGGGUUGGGCAUUGGCAGUACGUUUUUCAUCCCGAUUGCGCGCACCGUGGACGAGGUAGUGUCGGAGGGCUGGACUGUAACCCCCCGGCCCUCCAGCCGGCUGCCUUCCCUCGUUAUGUACUGCGCGCCCGACCGCAUGAUGUGCGCCCUCUAUGAUCAAGAUGGAAUCAUUGCAGGCUUACAGAUCGCCGUAGCCCAAGAUGAUAUCAGCGGAUCGACGUUGGACUGGAAAACUCAAGGCUUCGUUGAAUGGACAGCGACAACCGCUGAUGGGGAGACUUUGAAAUACUGGGCUACUCAGCAAUACUUCGUCUCACAAGAAACAUUAGAUUUGCCCAAAGAAGAACGUAUGAAGAUCACUAAAUCGAAGGAACUGCUUCGUGAAGGCGCUGUUUGGGUAACUGGCUUCAACAACCAAUUGAUGAGGAUCUCGGCCAAAGCUGAAGAUUUAGAAGGAAGCGGAUUCACACGACAAGCUUGCAUUCCUUGGAUGGGACGUCACUAUUACUACAACAUGACUGAAACAUCAAGUUGUGCAUCGGAUCAGCUGUACCCCUGGUUCCCUAUCGGCCACUCCGGAGAGACGAUCGCCACGGGUCUGAUAAUGCACGGAAAACUGGCCCUCAAUAAGAGAACUAAGAAGAAUUGGUUUGAGAACCCUGGAAAAUUGGCAGUUAUGGCUAUCGUUCCCCACGGCCCUGAGUGCCUGUACAACAUGGCUGAUAGCCCGGGCCUCGUCACCAUGCACAUCUACUACGUGGAGGCGCCCUGGUUCAUCGGCUGUCUAGAAAACAAAUAAUCUCAAAUCACAGUUACUUAUUUGAGAUUGCAUAUUGUGAUUUGCAAUCUUAAAGAAAUAAAGUCAACUAAAUAAUA